CUGGGUCGCUGACGCUUAGCUCAACAAGUUCAAGAAUUUUUGAGUACGAUUUGUUUUUUAAAGGAUGCUCACAGCACUCAGCCUCCUCUCACUAUUCGGGGUAGGCUUUGCGAAGGAACCAAUCGGACAAAAUGUGAUCGUUCUACUGAUUGAUGGUUAUGGUGCAAGUCUGUUGAACAACUCCAAACAAGAAGCAAAAUUUGGUAUUCAACACCUGAUUUCACAUGGUGUACAAGCUGAAUACCUCAAGUCUGCAUUCCCGACACAAAGUUGGCCGAAUUGGUUAAACUUAGUAACUGGCCUCUACACCGAAAAUCAUGGAAUGACUGCUGAUUACAUGUGGGACAGAGAGUCUAAUCUCAGUUUCGAACGAGGAAAAGGUGCGAACGAUACAGAGGAUAUCUGGUGGGAGAAGCUUCCGGCCCCGUUGUGGUAUACAGCCGGAAAAAAUGGCGUCGACGUACACUGCUACUGGUUUGCACAUUGUCAUCGAACCCAUCACGACAUGGUUGUGAAAGUGCCACCCAAACGAUGGACUGACCUGAGUAUACCUGACCAGACGGAUAAAUUAUCCGAUGUCUUUCCAGAGAUUGUCAAUAGGAUUCUAAAAUACCAAGCAUACAAGCAGCAGAUGUUCCUUUUACGCUAUGCUGGCGUUGACAAUGCCCUUAGGCAAUUUGGAGCUGAUUCUGAUGAAGCCGCUCAAGCCGUAGCUAGGAUUGACAUGUACAUCCAUGAACUGCAGCAAAAACUCGAGGAGCACGAUUUGUUCACGUCAACAAAUUUGCUGGUACUAUCCGAUCAUGGAUUAGCACAAAUCGAAGAAGAAGAGCAGUUCUACCUUGAGGAAUGCCUUUCUGACUAUUCUAAGGUUAUAAAGGUUGUAAAUCUACACUCGAUGCUUAUGGUCUUCACUGAACCAGAAGAUGAAGGGCAUGUACAUUUUGAGCUGCGAGUUUGCGACCAAUGGGCUCCGAUGGGUGACUAUGAGGAGACGGACGUGCAACUUGUGCAAGCUUACAGGAUAUCAGAAUUUCCUGAACGAUUACAUUGGGCCAAAUCAAGUUUUGUGAGCGGUGUCAUAUUACUUACGAAGCCAGGAACAAGCAUAAUUACGCGUGAGCUUCCCUCAAUUCCUGCCGCCAGUGAUCCUUUGAAAGAAGCUAAACAAACAAGUGGUUGGGAUCCAGAAGCAGUACAGAUGAGGGGUGUAUUCAUGGCUAGGGGGCCAGCGUUCAAAGUGGACGAGAAAAUUGGACCAGUCGAGAUAGUUGACAUCUACCAGGUGAUCCUGAACAUUCUUGGCCUUGACCCACCACAUUAUCACAAUGGAACGUGGUCAAAUGUAGUUGGAAUGAUGGCUGGUGAUUGGGAAUCACGAGCAAACAGCGACAGAUUCAACGAAGCCACACGAUUUGGCCUGGCUAGCCUUCCCCUGAUCCUGUUGAUGUUCAGGUUUCUGCUGUAAACCCGCUUAGAAUUUUCAGUUCCUGCGAUCCUGUGCCCAUUGCUGUGGCACACGAUAGCCCAUGUUGUAUAGGUUGCGAAAUUAGAAAUUGUUCUGUAAUUCUGCUAAUGUUUCGGUGCUUCGAAUUUCUUUUCGACUUAGCUUGCGCGUAGCGCGGAUGUUUGCCUUACAUUCAAGCAAUUUAGUUAUGUAUAGCCUAAGGCUAUUUAGCCUCGGGUUUUGCCUCGUCAUCAAGCUUUGAAAGAAGUUAUGAAGUUAUUUGCCUUUUUGUAGCUGACGAAAAACUUGAAUUUGUUUGAUUUUCGAUUACCUAUUGCUCUUCUCCACGAGAAUCAAGCUUUAGCUGCUUUGUUGUUAUCAGUAUUCGAGCUACGUUCACCUCUGCCGGCUCAAAAGUCUCUUUUUUGCUCAUGGAUGUGCGAUAUAGGAUAACGCAAAGAGCACUGAAGAUUGGUCAUAAAAACUAAAAUGGAC